UUCGGCCGGUUAACAGCAGGACACAUUACACAAACGCAGUGGCCGGGAAUCCGCUGUGUCCCAGGAUUUUCUCAGCUAAUCGAAGCAGGAAGACGAGGAGGGAUGUUGGCAACACUGGCGACACUGUGCCAGUGCGUGGGCGCUGUGGCGCUGGCGUCGCUGCUGGUCUGGCUCUUAGGCGUCGCUCUGUCCAAGCUGAGGCCUCAGCAGCUGUUGGACCGCCUUCCGUCACGUGCUAUCCUCAUCACAGGAUGCGACUCUGGCUUCGGGCUAGAACUGGCACGCCGUCUGGACGGGCUGGGGGUGCCGGUGUUCGCGAGCUGUCUGUACCCCGAGGGUCCCGGCGCGCGCAAACUCGCCGCAGACUGCUCCUCCAGGUUGCGCGUGUUGCCGCUAGAUGUCACCUCAGACCAGCAGGUGGCUGACGCCGUGGUCUGCGUCGAAGCGGCGCUCUCGGACACAACUGGCGCAGAGUUAUGGGCGGUGGUAAACAACGCAGGAAUCAGCGACUGCGGCGAAGUUGAUAUCACACCGCUGGAGAAAUUCCAGAAGGUGCUGGACGUAAACACGAUGGGCGCCAUAAGGGUCUCCAAGGCAUUCCUGCCGCUCCUCAAGAAGUCCAAGGGCCGCCUCAUCAACGUCAACAGUCCUUAUGGCAGAUUGCCAUUUCCGAUGGCGAGUACUUACUGCUUGUCCAAAAGUGCGCUGACGAUGUUUACCGACGUCUUGAGAUUGGAAAUGAAGAAAUGGUCCGUCACUGUCUGUGCUGUCGAACCGCUAUUAUAUGAAACUGCUCUUACUGAUGCAGAAUACUUGCAGUCGAAAUAUGUUGAAAAUACAGAGAAGACUCUCUCGGAUGACAAAGAAAGCAUUCGACAGGCAGCAAGAAAGAAUUGUGAGGUAAUGCUUAGAGCAUCCAAGUGGCUCGCCAAGAAAAACAUCUCAGAGGUCAUCGACGAAAUGGUGAUAGCCUGCGUCGGGCAGAAUGUACAGAGAAGAGUCACUCCAGGUUUCUUAGAAACAAUAAUUCUCACUGUACUUGCAAAACUACCUGACUGGCUGAAAGAGUUCCUAGCACAGCUAGUCAUCACACUGGUGAAAAUUAUAUGGGGUUAAAAAGUGGAUGAUGUAAUGUUGACUGGGAAACUGUACUGCAGUGGAUGGAAAAUGUGUGCAGACAGUGAAGCAAAGAAUACAGUCAGUAUUUGCAUUAAAACACAUGGAGAUCAUCUGUCUUUGUAUUAUACGAUUAACAACUGUAUUAGUGCAUAUUUUAUGAAUUAUUUGAAUUACUUGUAUUUAUUUUUAUUAUAUUUCUAUUUUUAUUUACUUGUGCAGUUCUUGAGACAGUUGUUUUGUUAUUCCUAAGAUCCAAGUCGACAUGAAAUGAAGAGGUCUCUUUGAAAUCAAAAGUCGAAUGGAAAUAAAAACACAGGAAGCACUAUCCGGUCUGUCUUCAAUCAUUAUGCUGAACAACAUAUAUGUACAAUCAUUAAAUCGUCAUAUAUCAUACUUCCUUGAAUUUAUUUUCACCAUAUUUCCUCCAAGGCAUGUUUUGUACAAACAAACCUGGAAAUUUUACUGCUCUGGAGAAAAAUCUCAUUUGAGAAUAAUUUUAUGUAGCUCUCUUUGUUGUCACAUUAAGUAGCUUCCAAUGAGCACUACCUAGCCUUUUAUUCUUAUCUCAUAUCUUCCUUCUAAUUUCAUUCACACCCUUAGCUUCAAGAUUCGUCAGUAGCUCAGCAUUUUAAUGUUUUUAUUUAUUUCCUUUAGUUUCACCUGAAUAAAGCAGGGUGCUUCAAAAAUGUUGCUUCUGGUACUGUCUCAGUUUUGAGCCUCUAAUUGUCACCAAUAUUAUUUGUUUUGUUCAUGGGGUAGACCUUGUAAGAGAUAGCAGGAUGACAGAUAUUGGAACAAGUGACUAUAGGACCUAAUCCUUGGAAGGAGAUGAUGAUGAUGAUGAAUGCUUGGUUUCCAUGAGUCUUUGCAGAAUCUACAUGUCACCCAUAUUGUGUUAUUUUGCUCCUAGGUAAAUAUCAUCUUUUCGUCCAGUAUAUUGUCAUCAAUUGUUUUUCAAGGUUCCUGUUACUGUAUCUUUUCUAAACCAGUGAUUAUCGAUAGAAAAUCUCAUUCACAUGAACAAAAUCAUAUGUAACACUUAGCUGAAAAAAGGAGAGAAAUUACAUAUUUAUUUUUAGUAUUUUACUUACUUAACUUUUACUCUAAUAUUAAAAUUCAACACCAGUAUUUAAAAACCAUAACUUUGUCAUAGUUUAUUUAAGGCAUUAUUGUCUUUCUUUCGACUUCAGCUCUCAGUUCCUGUAAAUAUGAAGGGAAAUGAGAAUGAUAAAGAAUAUCUUCAAAGUUUCUACUUACUACUAUCAUAUUUGUUCUCUUUCUAUAGUGAUGUUAUGUGUUAAAGUACUAUAACAUGUCAUGUUGGAAUUAUUUUAAAGAUGUCACAGAAUACCAGAAUUUUACCUCAAAUUAUUAUCAAAUUAAAGUAAUAAUAAUUUUUUAUUAUUUGCUAUAAAAUAAUAUGGAACUGAUAAUUAAUAUUUCUAUGAAAUUUCUAAAAUUGUUGGAAGAAGUAACAAAUGAUGAUUAUUUAAGUUAGUCUGUUGAAUCUAUGAAAGUGCAGAACAACAUUUAACUCUGGAGGACAGGCCUCUCCUACCAGUUCCUAUACAAUGCAGGAUAGAUUCCAUGACAAGUGUACUUUCACAUUGGCUCCCACUGAGUACCAUUAAUUGGAUACUGGCGCUACAGUAACGUUUUUGUCCAUAGAGAUGUACCAACAAUUGAUUUCUGGGCUUACUUACAACAUACCAUGACUUUGCUUGGCUGUGGCCAAGCAAAAAUUCCAGUUUUAGACAUAUACCAUGUCUUGCCCACAGCCAGUCUGUUUAUUCACCAUCUACAGUUUGUAACAGUCAGCCACAAGGAUGUUCCAAACAUAUUUCACGUGGACACUUUUAAUGCAUUUUGUGUCAUAAACUGUAUUCAUGUGAUAUCCACUGUGAAACAUACUACCAGUUUCUCCUUGUGCAGGGUCUCAAACAUUCAAUGUCAGCAACACACUACUUCAAUUUUACCCAGCACUGUGUGGCAUAUCAAGCACUCCAGCAAUAUUUCAGAGGUUCCUUAACUAAUUACUGCAGGACAAUCUCCACUGUUCAAAUUGUUUGGGUAUCAUAGUAACUGUAACAAAUAAAAAAGACCAUUUACAUAACUGCUGGUGAGUGUAAUGGUGCUGCGACAAACAAUCAACUGCUGCAACCUGUAAAAUUGCUCAUUUAUACACAGAAAAUUUAAUUAGGGCAUAUUAUUUGAAAAGAUGGAGCAAGAUCAAGAGAAUGUCACGUACAAGCCAUACAGAAACUCUAUGUGCAAAAUUACUUAGGACUGGUUAUCCUCUAGCUUGGUUAUACUGAAUACAACAUUCCUACAGAACAAGCAUAUCAUCAUGGGAUGUCUACAUCUAACAUGAAUUUAUAGCAAUUCUAAUUAUCUGCCCAUUAGAUGGACAUACAUCACUUUUUGUAUCAUAACAAUUAUCUUUUGUUUUGGUUUUGUACUUCCUUUUUGUGUACUUAAUACCUAGACCUCUGUCUAUGCUUUAUUUUGAUGCUGUGUCAUGCAAAGUAGAUAACAGAUAUGCCUCAUAUUAUUUGCGAAGCAAUGCUUGAUUUAUGAUGUACUACUCUUUUUGUCAUUUACUAAGACCAGGAUUGUUAUACAGCACCAAGACCUGAGACUACAUUGUGGAUUGACCUCAUGACUAAUUUCUACAUAAUGACUCAAAGGUUGGCUUGUUAUUUUCUUAUUAUCUUAAUUGUCAACAAAAGUAAUGUACUGUUUUAGAGUCAUAAUUAUAUUGCUAUUCCUAUUGUAUUUCGUAUUCGAGUGGUAGUACCUAUAGUUCAGUCUGCAUUUUAUUUGACAUGAUGGGUACACUAUACAUGACCAAUGGACUUUUUUUUACCCAAUAUAUGCAUCAAAUUCCUUAUGUAUUAGAUCUGCAACUUUUCUUCUACCAUUUUGCAAUCGAUGCUCGACCCCAUAUUUCAAAACCUGUCAAAACUUACGAGUACUUGGAAACAUUGAAACAGGAAGUCAUGCCCAAUCAGCCGUAUUCCCUAGACAAUGCUCCCUCUGAAUACCACCUUUUUUUUAUCAAUGUCACACGGCCUCACUGUGCAAAAUUGGUUCGAUACAUGGAUCUCAAAAAACUGCCAGUUCUUCUACUGUGGGAUGCAUAUGCAGCCUGAAAAAUGGGAGAAAUUAAAGCUAGUGAUGGCCAGUACUAUGAAUCGUGAAGUUUCUGUAAGUUUUUCAUAAUAAAGCUUCAAAUUUGUAAAACAGUGGCGGAAGUAAAGUUAUAGACUUCAUAUAUUUUAUCUAUAAUCAGUGCACUUGUAACAUCGCAACUGUGUUAUGUAGUAAUAUGUAAAUACAACCUCCUUUAUUUUUAAUUUUAGUUAGAUUUGAUAAUGAUAGUAAUAGCAAUAACUACAGGCUUCAUCAAAAUUAAAAGUUUAGAAUCAUUAUUGAAAUACCUGCGUGGCAGAGCAGUAUUGAUCAAUGCAAGCGAAAGUUCCUUUACAUGUUACUUUUUUGUGUGGUAACUGUGUUAAACUACCAAGUAAUAGAGAUAUAUUCCUGGAGUUCUAGAUGACUAACGUGAGUAAAGAUUUUCUUUGAGCGAGUAUGUGAAUUGUGAGAAAAUCAUAUUUAAUGUGAGUAAUGGAAGUAUCAUACAGGCACAUAAAGGAAUACGUUCGCCAGAUACCACUGUCUUUCGUGUGCUCUCGCCUUAAGCGAUAGGUGCCAAACAGAACUGUAACGAUCAACCCUUGUUAUUGUAACUGCUGUUUCUUAGAGGAUAAAGUGCCUCUCAGUCACAUUUGAAGGUUAUUGCUGUUUAUUUUUAUUCGUGACUAACCAACACUACUUCCCAGACCACCACAAUAUAACUAUGAUUUGGAUAAUUACACUGUGUACUUAUGAGAGUGGAUUAGUAGGGCUAUCCUUGAGUACUACUAGAUCGUGAAUUAUCGGAGUUUGUGGCACUCGCAGCAUUUCACGAACGUGAGAUGGACGCUGGUACACUGCUCACCCCAGUAAAUGAAGAGAGUUGCAUUUUCACUCAAGUAACAGUAGCGGCAAUUUAAUAAUAAAAAGGGCAUGGACUCAAAUAAAGAAGGUAACAGCCAUAACAAGAGGAAAGGCAUACAGCAUUAUGAUAAAUAUAAACACUUCACAAUAAAGAAGGCUAAAUUACGAGGAGAAGCGUACAUUAACUACAAAGGACAAAACAUUCCUGCAACUGCAACGGGGAAAAAUUGCAAUUACAAGCUUCGCCGUUUUGAUGCCAUUGAUGAGAUCGACAGAGCCCAGAUCCUAGAAAUGUUCAAGGAAUUCAGGAGCAAGGAAACACAAGACAGAUAUCUACAAGGUCCUACGGAAGUUACAGAAAUUUUCCGCAGACGCCCAAAGAAGGAUAGUCCAAAAAGUAGGGAGAAGAACUUCAUUUAUCAUGUUUAAGUUCAGGAAACGGAAUACUGCUAUGUAAAACUGCAUUUAUUAGUAUUCAUGGCCUGAAGAGUGACAGGAGGAUUUGAAGAUUAGGAAACCUACUGGUUUUAGGAAAAUCUCCGAUAGAAAACAGGAGUAAGAGCAUGGGAAGCAAUGUCAGAGCUAUAAAAGAUGAUGUUAUUGAUAAAAUAAAGGAACACAUUGAAUCGUUCGAGGUAAAAGUUAUUCACUAUGCAAACAGAUAUAUUAAGUACUUGAAGGCCGGUUUGAAUGUAAAGAUCAUGCAUUCGCUAUUUCUAAAAACGUUCCUUGAUUUGAAUGUAAAAUAUGGAUUUUAUUUAAAGUUUUUCCACGAAAAUUAUAAUUACAGCUAUG